CAACAGAAUUAACGGACAUGAAUUAAUGGGUCAUCUCCUACCUCCACUAGUCACUGAUAAUGUCUCUGUUUAUCAACAAAGACCAAAACCAUUUCUCCAAAUUACAGACCCAAAAAAAACAAUGAUCCUUCCCACAAUACUUUCUUUGGCUCUCACUGCAACCUUAAGCUCGCCUUUGCCUUCUCUGGCAAUCCCUUCUCUCAACUCUCCUCCCUCUUUGCCCUCUCUCACUACCCCAUUUGCCCAAUCCAAGAAUCUGCUCACCGGACUCGAAAAUGGGAAAAUCAGACCUUGCCCAUCAACAAAUCCGGGUUGUAUAUCGACAAAUCCGAAGUCAUCCUCAUUUGCAUUCCCGUGGAGCAUUCCUGAGAAUUAUUCAGACAAUGCCAUUCAGAAAUUGCAAGAAGCAAUCUUGAAAACUCAGAGGAAUGCAAAAAUUCAAGUUGUGGAAGAUACCCCUUAUGGCCAAUAUUUGCAAGCUGAGGUAGAUGGUGGGUUCAACAGAGAUGUUCUUGAGUUUUUGGUGAAAGGAGAUGUGGUUGCUUACAGGGCUGUGGCCAAAAAAGUCACCUAUAUAUACCCAUUCACCACUUCUUUAGGGGAUUCAAAGGGACAAGAGGAACGACUCAAGAGAAUCAUGGACCAGUUGGGUUGGUAUGCUCCAAGUUUUGACUCCAUGGAUUAGCAUAUUCUAAUCACAAUACAUACAUACAUAUAUAUAUACAUAUAUGUUUGUGUACCUAAGUUCUUGUGUAACAAGAUUUUGACAAGCUUAUCAUCCUCUUUAACUCUAUUGUUGAACAAAGGAGUACCAUUUAUUCGGUUAUGUUAAGGAGUUUAUCAAGUUAAAACAUUU